AUGGCUCUACCCAAACUACCUCAGCUAAUAUCCAUAUACAAUGUUCAUGCAAAAAAGGCACUUGGUCAAAACUUUCUUCUCCGGCCGGGUGUUACCGAUAGUAUUGCUCAACAUGCCGUAGCCAAAAAGAGAGAUGGAAAAACUCUUCAUGUAGAAGUGGGUCCAGGCCCGGGUGGUUUAACUAGAAGUCUUCUUAAAUUGGGUGUUACACAUCUCGUCGCUGUCGAAAAAGAUGCAUCAGUAGCUCCAAUGCUUCAAAUACUCCAAGCAUCUGUGCCAAGUCGGUUUAGAUUCUUGUUGGGAGAUAUGCUUGAAAGUGAUCAGCAGGUGCUAUUCAAUCAGAUCAUGACAGAGGCUGUUGAAUGCGAUCGUCUGAGUCAACCCAAUUCCAAUUCCAAUCCAGAUAAUCAACCCCACUUUGACAAAGUGCAUAUCGUUGGAAACCUUCCGUAUUCCAUUUCGUCGCCUCUGCUGCAUAUGUGGAUAAAACAAGCAGCUACGGAAAAAUAUUUGUUUUCCUUUCCCAAGACUGAAAUGACUUUAAUGCUACAGCGCGAGGUGUGCGAGAGGAUUGCAGCACCCGUGGGAACAAAGGUGCGAGGAAGAUUGUCCGUUUUGUGUCAGGCUUUCUUUGAUGUCAAGAUGUUAUCCGUUGUAGAUCGUAAACUCUUUCGACCUGUUCCAAAAGUAGAUGGAGGAAUUCUUCAAUUCAAACCACACGCUGAAAACAGACUCAAAGAUGUGCCGUAUGAGACAUUUGCACAUUUGGUCAAAGUGUUGCAUCAUCACCCAAAUUCAAUGAUUAGGGCAAUUCUAAAACGACACAACCUGGGAAAAGUGAUUGAUGUUUUAACCGAAUGUGGGAUUGAUCCUACAUCCCGAUCGUUUAUGGUUGAUGUGGAUUCAUAUAUUCGCUUAGCGCGACGAUGCACGCAUGAUCGCAUUCAACUAAAUACUGCAGUUAUACCACCAAUAAAAUAG